GGUUUAAGGGGUGUUUUUUCGUUUCGGGAAUGUUAAGUGAUCAGUGUUGUUUCGAAAUUGUUUAAUUUUACGAGUGUGUGAUUAUUGUUAAUCGUUUAUCGACUGUUCCUUUUUACGUUUCAAUUUUUUAUUUGAAAAAUGUCCUUCUCCAAGGCGAGAAUCCAACGUUUCAACGAACUUGGAAGCGAGGCACCAGCACCUGGGGCCUACGAUCCGAAAUUCGACAAGAAAGUCAAGGGACUCGCUAUCGAGAAAACUGAGAGGUUUCAGGACACAAAGAGUGUAACAUCGAGUGGAGGUGCAGAAUGUACGUCAGUGUCGAGCAAGGGGGCUGGAAGUACCUCUGGCCAAUCCGGCUGUGCCCGAAAAUUCAAAACGCCCCCAGUGCCAAGAAAGCGGGUAAUAGUAAAACCCACAACAAUGUCCUGUCCAAGGGCCAAGACGAAGCCACUAAUUGUUUCAAUGGAUCCCAAAUCCCAGUACGAUUUGGAAACCGAGUUGGCAGAUUUGAGGGUAGAAUGUUUAAACAAGUCGAGGACAAUAUUGGAACAAGAAAAACACAUUGAGGAAAUGAAAGGGGAAAUAUCUUUGAUAACAAAAAGACUCAAUGAACUAAAUACAAAAUGUAGUGCUGAUGAGGAGCAGCACAAAAAAGACAUCGAGUCUAUGGCAACACUGCAGCAGGAAGUCUUGGAUAGUCAAAAAAUAAAACACAACGUCGAACUUGAGUUUCUUCGGACUCAAUUAGUAGAGUUGGCGAAUUUCAAGAAGGAAGAAAUUCUCGAACUGGACAGAAGAGAGCACGAAUUGGAAGAAGAGAUUUUCAGACUUCGAAGACAGGAAGUGGAAUUAAAUCAGAGAAUCGAGACGUUGGAAGGUAAUUUAUUGAAUGCGCAGGGAGUCGAGGAAUUGGCGAUGAAUUUGAAGAAAGCAGAGGAGAGGUUAAAUGAACUUUCGACAGAAAUGUUCGAAAUAAUCGACGGCAAGGAUCGAGAUUUGGAAAAUUUGAUGGAAGCGAGAACUUUUGUCGAGGAAGAAUUGAGGCUCGUUCGAGAAGAGUAUCAAAAAAGUCAGGAAAAAGUGAACACGCUGCAGAGUAAUUUGGAUAACCUCCCGAAAAGUCUAGAGUCGAGUUUAGCUGUAUCAAAAAGUAAAAUAAUAUCCGAGAUAGUUCACUUUCUCCAAGAUUCUCUCAACCCGUCGAAUUCAGAAGAAGAAAUUUCGGGUUUUAUUUCCGAAAAUGGGGAAGUGGGAGAAACGAUAAAGAAAAUAAUAGAAGACUUCAAGACUUUGAAAAAUCGGGAAGUGGAGGAUUUGAGAAAUAAAUUUGAGGACCUGGAGAAGGAAAAUCAGUCUGAAAAGUCGUUGAGGAUGGAGCUGGAGAUCAAAGCAAAUGAGUGUGGGGCAACGAUCGAUUUUUUGACUGAGGAGUUGAGAGACGUUCAAAGGCUUUAUCAAGAUGUUUCUCUUGAGUUGGAAAAAGCUAAGGCAAAAUUGAAAAGUGCGGACGAGAGACUUGCGCAGGCUGAGGAAGCUCACAAAGCUGAUCUCGAUGCCCUGUCGAAACUUGAUGAGAAUGAGCAGUCCAAACUGAAGAGCCUGAUGGAGGAAGCCAGACUGGAGUACCUUCAACAGCUAGAAAAUAUGUCAGAGGCGAGGAAUCAAGAAUUGGAGGAGAUGAAAGAAGCCACUGAAAAGAUGAUCGAGGAGGAAAAGAGUCGAAUAAAAGAACAUGCAGACAAGCUUGUGCAGAAUGCGGAAGCUGUCACGCGGGAGACUUUGGCUGCUUGUCGUGCUGAAAGUGAAGAAAGAGUGAAGAGAGUGAUUGCGGAAACUGACGCGAAAGUGAAUAGUAUAGUGCGGGAUGUGGAAAAAACAGCGGAAGAAGAAAUGCGUUUAGCUAGUGAGAGAUUUACAACUUCUUCAAAACGUCUGGAAGCUGAUAAAGCUUCUUUAGAAGAAAAAUUGAUCGAUAAGGAUUUUGAAAUUACUGAACUAAGAACUGCCCUUGAUGAAUUGAAAAGAACUGCCGAAACGCAGGAAAGCUUUAGUCAGAGCUUGCAAGCAGAAUUGGAUCGUGCAGAAACUGACUUGGCUGAAAAGAAGGAGGAACUGAGAAAUUUGAAAGAUCAUAUUAGAAGUGAAGCUGCGGAAAUGGUUGCGAGAAGACGAAGGUUUGAAGUCGUUAUGUCGGAAAAUCAAGCUUCCGUCUGCGCUCUGACAAAUCGCAUCUCCGAGAGCGACGCGGAAGUGAAGAGACUUCAGAGAGAACUCGAGAAUAGCGAAUCUGCUCUGCGUGAGCAUCGCGAGUUGUUGAGCACUGUGCAAAGCAAUUCGAAACUCCUUCAGGAACAGGUGCACACCAUUGCGGACCAAUUGAAGCUCAAGGAGAGUCUCGUCGACCAAAUCGAGGAGAACUGCAAAACCGAAAUUCAGUCCAUUAAGGUGGCCUUGGAAUCCAAAAUUGAAUCUGUUAUGGAAGAUACUGCAGUACAAGUCUCCAAACUUGAGCAAGAUUGUUUAAAUAAAUCCAAAAUCAAUUCUGAGUUGAAGCAGUUGCUGGACGAAAUGGCGCUGAAAUGGAAUCAAGUGCAAAGCACGCUCUUAAAACUCGAGGAAGAAAGUGAUGAGCAGUUGACGGAAAUUGUAAAUUUACAAAACACAAAUGAAAAACUGAAGGUGGAUUUAAAAAAGCAGACAGCCCUCGCGAACGAGAGCAAAGCUCGUGAAAGUGAAAUUGUUGAGGCCAAGGCACAAAUAAAAGACUUGAGUAUUAAGGUCGAAACUUUAGAAGCGAAAAAUCUCUGCUUGAAGGACGAAAUGGCUCAAACUGAGGAAGAGAUGCAAAGCUGGAAAACUGUGGAAAAUUCUUUGAUGGAAGAUGUCGAAAGGGAGAGAGCCGGUCGCGAAAAAACCGAACGUGACAUGAAAGUCCUUUCCGAAAAUUUCGAGCGUUUCAGAAGUGAGUAUGAAGAACUGACAGAGAAAUAUACAGAAGUUCUGGGUCAUCACAAUAAUAAUCAAAAAAUCAAACACAUCUCAAAAUUGAAGGACAAAAUUCUUACUCAGCAAAAGGACAAUCUUCGGUUGAAACAGGAACUCGAAUCAAAAACAAAUCUUCUCGAGCAGCUGACAAAAAAUUCGGAGAGGGUGAAUUUGGAGGAAAAAAGAAAAGUGGGAAGAGGAAAGGAAAAUAUUUCCACUUCCUAUUUUGGAAAAGCAACGCCAGUUCAAAAAGUUGGUACACUUUCAAAAAGUGCAAACACAACGCCAGCCGCAUCGCCCAAUAAAACUCUCACGCCACUGAGAAAUAGGAAUGAAUAA